CUCAGGCGCCUCUGUCACGGCCCUCUGCGACGGCCUCCGCUCCCCAUCCCUGAUCCGGCCGCGGCUUCUUCUUCAUCAUCUCCACCCUUCAAAUGCAAAGUGUGCUCGCAAUGACAUCGGGAGGCAGGUUUGUGAAUGCGGUCGGCCGGGUGAUUUCAGAACUGGAUCCUGAGGGGCGUCGCUGGCCUGAAGACUCUGUUCCCCGACAGUAGAGCUCCUCCCUCGCCCAGAACACAGCCAUGAAGCACGCUCAGGAGCGCAACCAGGAGUGCCUGCCUCCCAAGAAGAGGGAUAUCCCCGUCAGCAGCGGCGGCGGUGAGCCCCCAGGGACCAGUCUAGGAGGAGGAGGGGGAGGUGGGGGAGGUUGUGGAGGGGAUGAGGUGGCCCCCCCCCAGAGCUCCGGUCCCAGCCUCGACGCUCAGGGAGGGGCCAGCUCCGGGGAGUGGCUGCGCGCCCAGACAAGCCUUCACUACGGGAUGGAGAGUUCUGAAAACAUACCAGCCGUGCCUGUCGACCAGUACAGCAUGCUCUACAAAGUGGCCCUCCCCUCCGGCACCUACUCCUCCUCCAGCCUCCACCCCGUGCUCAGCCAUAUCUCCCCUGCCUACACGGUGCACUCCCCCCUCAUGCAGCAUCCAGGGAUCCCCUACCCCCCGCUGGGCUACGCCCAGAUCCCCCACUCCCAGCUGCAGUUCGUCAGCCCCUCCUACGCCGCCGUGCCGUACGCCGUGCCGCCCGGCUUCGUCCACGGCUCCAUCCUCUCGCCCUCGGGCGCCCUCGCCCAGCCCCACGCCGUGUCCCACCUCGUCCCCUACCCCUCCGUCAUGCAGGAGGGCGUCGUCUCCCCCCCGUCCCAGCAGCAGGUGGCCGCUCACACUUUUACCAAAGUCGGGGGGUCCGGCGGGAUCCCCCUGAUGCUGACCUCGGAGCAGGCGGAGCUCAGCGCCCGGGGGGUGCCGGUGUACUACCGGCCCCAGGGCGCGCUGGCGGGGCCGGAGGCGCUGAGGGACGCCCACAUGGUGCAGCAGGAGACCCAGGCCAAGAUGAACGGAGGGGAGGGGAGGGAGGACGCGCUCUAUAAAGGCAGGAACCCCCGGCUGCUCCAGGUGGCUCCGGGCGGCGUGGCGCUGGACUACGGCCCGGACCGGGGCCUGAAGGACCGCCGGGGGGAGGACCGGCACUCCCCGGGCCAGAGGAGCACGCCCGACAGCGACCUGGAGCUCCAGCAGGCGGGGGGGCCCUCGUCGGGGCCGGUCCACGGCGGCGGCCGUAAAGAAGUGUCCUUCGCGCCGCUGAACCUCUCCCAGGGCUCCCAGAGGGCCCGCGAGGCUCACGGCGACCCCACGCCGGAGCACUCCGUCAGGGCCGCGGCGUACACGGGCCACGCCGUCAGCUACGGGGACCCCCGCUUCGCCGGCCUCCAGCAGCAGGGGGCGCUGCCGGGCCACGCCGUCAUCCUGGCCAACGGACAGCCCGUCCUCAUCCCCAUGGAGUACCAGCCGCAGCCGCCGCCGCCGCCGCCGCAGCAGCAUCACUACGCGUGCCAGCCCAACGACGUCUCGGUCAUCCCUUCCUUCAAACCCUCUGACCCCCCAGCCAGAGUGUGCCUCUCUGAGCGGGCUGUGGUUGAGCUGGCCACAGCUCAGCAGCAGCAGCAGCAGCUGCUGCUGCAACAGCAGCUACAGCAGCAGCAGCAGCAGCAGCAGCAGUCCGCCCACCACGCCCCCCCAGGGGCCGCCCAGGCCCCCCCGGGGCCCGCUGCGGCCACGGGGCCCGGCAGCCCGUCCCACUUCAUGAAGGGGGCCAUCAUCCAGCUGGCGACGGGCGAGCUGAAGCGCGUGGAGGACCUGCAGACGCAGGACUUUGUGCGGAGCGCCGAGGUGAGCGGCGGGCUGAAGAUCGACUCCAGCAUGGUGGUGGACAUCCGGGCCAGCCAGCAGAAGGCCGGCCUGGUGGCGCUGCACUUCACGGUGGGCGAGCAGCAGAGCAAGGUGACCAUCGACGUGCCCCCCGAGCACCCCUUCUUCGUGUUCGGCCAGGGCUGGUCCUCGUGCACGCCGGAGCGCACGGCGCAGCUCUACGGCCUGGCCUGCCACCACCUGCAGGUGGGCGACGUCUGCGUGUCCAUCACCCUGCAGCAGCAGGUCCAGGCGCAGCCCCCGCCGCCGCCGAAGCAGCCCCAGCAGCACCACCACCCCCAACUACUACAGCAGCAGCAGCAGCAGGGCCUGGCCCGGACUCCCAGUAAAGCCAGUACUGGUCCCAGCCCGCAGCCCAUGGGCCCGCCCGCGCCCCAGCAGCCCCGGCUGCAGGCCCAGUUCCGGAUAGAGCGCAUGUACAGGGAACAGGACAGGGAGAAGGAGGCGCCGGGCGCGGAGGGCGCGGCGUCCUCCCGGCCCAGCGUGCCCCCGGCGGAGCACGGCCGCAGCCAGAGCAGCAGCUUCCAUUUGCACACAGAGGGCCCCGCCGCCCAGGGGCCCCCGGCCGUCCUGCUAGGGGCCGCCCAGGCCGGGCUGAGCGCCGCCCAGAGGCGCUGGUCGGCCCCGGGCCUCCAAAGAUGUGUGAUAAAGGGCGGCGAGGGCCCGCACGCACAGACCAGGCCCUCCUUCGUCCCCCAGGAGGUGAAACUGUCCAUCGAGGGGCGCUCUAACGCAGGGAAGUAGCACCAGGAGGAGUAGGAGUCCUACAGACGCAGCCAAAAGAGAGGAUGAGUGGGGGCCGGAGGGAGGAGGUGAGAAUGGAGCCUCAGAAUGUUUGAGAUUUUGCACACUUACCGAGACACAAAAUGGCCGUUGUUGUUCUGUGGUCUUAAGGAUUGCUCUGUGGGUUCAGCCGGCAGUCAGGCCCAGCCUUAAGGUCCUCUCCGGCCCGGGGGCGUCCGGGGGGGGGGGGGGGGGGCCGGCGGAGCAGGUGAAUCUGGAGCAUGUAGCUGGUCAAACACCGUUCAUAACCCGGAGACGGUUCGAUUAUCCUCCUUACCUCACCUCCACUUCUGCAUAGCCAUCACUUAUCUUUGUUUCAGACAACCCAUUUCACCACACCAAGAGAUACGGAAAAUGUGAUCUUGGCACAACUGUUAGUUCAAUCGUUGUUGUUUUUUAAUCAGUGCCCACUACCACCCCCCCCCCUUGUUUUAAGCUCCACCUACAGGCGGUGGGAGGUUGAUGUGACCAAUGCCAGGACUCUGAGGUGAUGUGUGCCAUGUAUUCGUGUCUGUUGCCCAAAGACCACUAAGAACCCUAAGGCCUCGUCUACAUUCCCAGUCGGAGGAGAAGCAUAUUCCCAGAGGUUUUGGUUUAGUGGGGGAAGAUUACUGUCACAUGAUCAACCGCCAAUCAAGGGUCAUUUAGAACAAUCAUUCAAUUAGCAUCACACCCCUCGCUCCUCGCUGACUAAUUAAACCUCCCCCUCUUAGAAACCGACACCGUUUACAGUUUACCCAGAGUGGGGACGGAUAUAUUGUUGGGGUCAUAUCACGCAUCAGAAUAUUACCCUCUGGGAAAUGUUAACAUAGAAUUUCCCAUCUUGGAGUCAAGGCCAUCCCUUUUAAUGUCUAUGCCUCAGAAACCCACGGUGAGACAGUCACUGCAGGCCGUUCUUUGCAGUUGAAGUAGUUUAGUUGCUACUGCUCAUUCAUCGAAUCAGCCGAGAGAAUUCCUUGUCUCCAGAACUGUCUGCUUUCUGAUGAACCGUCUAUUUGCAAGAAUUCUCUAAUCAACUAGAGACCCUACAAGGUUCCUCUAAACGCUCGUAUUGUGGCCAACAAAUCAAAGACAGUUUAUGUUUCCCUGGUGGAUUGAACUCCACAUGCCUCCACCUUCGCACUCAGGAGGAACCCUGGUUCUACAUACAUGAAGUCUUCGUCCAGGAGACCCCAGCUUUAGUAAUGGCUCUGGGCACUCAGACCCUUCUACACAAUCAAAACCUUUUUAAGAAUGUAAGGCUUGUUUUUCAGUUCUUUUGUAUCACCGUUUUAUAUCGGCGGCGGGUUUGGGUGAUCGGUCAUCGUGUUGAUGACCGUUCUUAAAACUGUCGGGUGACAUUGUUAAGAUGGGAAAUAGCUAAAUUGAUGUUUUAAAGUAUUGUUACAUGGGCUGCAAGUGUACUUUUAUCCACCCAGUGAUCCAAUGCCAAUACCAUGGACAGAAACAUGGUGAUACCCCUUAACAUAUCUGCAAAUUGAACUGGGCAAGUUUGGGAAAGACAACUGCAGAAUAAAUAUUCCCUUAUGUAUUCGGAACAGAUUGCCUCCCACUUUUCUCUUUAACUGGCAUGCAUGUGGGAGACAGUUCAAAACGUUUUUGAUUUGAGGCAUUGAUGCUAAUCAAAAAACAUUUUAAGGUGGAACUCCUAGAAUAAAUUCCUCCAUGGGGCUUGUUCUGUUUUUAGGAUUCAUUAAAAACUAGCUUGCAAAUUAACACUGUUGUAUAAUUUGCACUGUUUGCUGUUUAGCCAAUGGGAAUGCUGCCAGUUCAAUCUUCUGAGAGGUUUUAGACUUAUCACUGAACUGAAAGAUUAUUAAGUGCAAUUAGACCAUGAUGAUAAGAAUCAAAUGUAAACAUUAUUAUUACAGGCUUGCAUUCCACACAAACAUUCCUAUGAUCAACUGUCAGACCCUGGCCCGGUGAGACCAUCCUGAUUCGUUCACACUCGGAUCAGUCUGGCCUCGACCCAAUGGUAAUGCUUUCCAAGGUGUUUUAAUUGAUUGGCCAAUCAGGGCUUGGGGGGGGGGGACUUUCAUCUCAUGACAAACAGGGCGCGGUAGAUUUAAAGAUAUGGUGUUCCUGAAUCCUCGAACGCCAUACUUCCGAGUCGUAGGUCGAAGAUCUCGCAGCUUUCUUGCAGCAUUUCUCGAAGGCACACUCCCUUUUUGUCUUCAUCUUUCGAAAAUCUGAGAGUAGACCGAGAGCAGUGAUGACGCUCUCAACAAAAUGGCUGCGCCCGUGAAGAGAUGUAUUUUCUUUGUAUUUGUACCAUGUUGUUCAUUUAAAACUACUUUAUUCCGUUCACCAAUUUAUCCAUUGCAUGGUCUUGCUGUGCGUGCAAUACAAUGUAAAGUUGUGGUGUUUGUUUUCGGGCUGGUUUGCUAAAGAGGCUAAUGUAGCUAACAAUAAACAACGACUAGCCAAUUUCAUGCCACAAUCACAAAGACGAACGGGAAUGCUAUGAAUGCUCCGAGACUGGAAGUGACGUCAAACAUGCAACUCGGAAGGCUGGCGUCCGAGGAUUCAGGAACAAACCAUAAUCAUAAACAAUGGCGCCGCCACAAGCUUUAAUCUGAAAUAGACUUAAGGAUGAUGUUAAAAAAUGAACAGAAAGCUGAACAUUAAGCCGCUCCCAUACGAAUGGCUGCAAGCCAAGGCCAGGCCGAUGUUCUUUGCUAAAUGGGAACCUGAUCUCUGGAUGGUCUCACUGAGCGACUGGAACCUGGUGUGUUGGUGUGUCCCCUUCUCUGCUCAAUGGCUUGAAUGUUCUUUCUUACUGCUGUAAACAUUUAACCUCACCCAAUCUGUCUGUCGUAGGCUGAUAUGACGGGGUCUCGGACUUGGAUACUAUCCUUUUUUUUUGUUUGGUAUUUAUGUGUUUGUCCACGUUGGUCGACCGUCGAGUUAGAUCCCAUGAGCUCCGCAUCGUUUAUCAGACGCUCGCCCCUGCAGUUCUGUUGACGUCUACCGGGGUCGGAGUCUGAAUCUAUCAAGUCUAGUUCAUGCACUGGUACCCGGUUUGCAGGCUUUCAUCAACAUACAAAUCACACUCUUAGGCCCACAGAAUUUUGUAACGAUUGAUGGCCAUUUAGAAACUUAUUUUUCAUUUUGAAAUGCUAUUGGCAAUCUAGUCACACGUGUAACUGGUAUACAUUUCACGUGGUCCUAGCAUGUACUAUGCAGUUACAACUCAAGUAUUUUACCCUUCAAUGUCCACAGCCUCCUUGGAAACGGAAAAGACUACGAGAGGCGAGUGGGUUCGUUGUUCAAGGCCGGAGCCACGCAGUCUUCUUUUCCCAUGACGUCCUUGAAUGGCAAACUCAGUGUUUCAUUCUGUUCACUGUUCUGUCUCACAGUUUUUCGAGUCCCCACUUUGGAAUUGUGGCUCAGAUUAGAACAUAUCGUUGGAGCACAACGGCAUAAGAUGAUCUGUCUAAAAGCGUGUCCUGUGCUCAUAUGGGUAGGAAUGAGAAGCCACAGCGCGGGGCGGUAAAGCUUCAAAUGCUUUCUGUGUACGGCCAAAACAAUGCCCUCUGGUUGGUCCAGGUCUCUGAACCUGGGACCUGGUCUCUGACGCGGUCUGUCAGAUGAUGCUCUGGUCCACUCCAGAUCUCUGACCAGGUUUGUCAGAUGAUCCUCUGGUCCAGAUCUCUGACCAGGUUUGUCAGAUGAUCCUCUGGUCCAGGUCUCUGACCAGGUUUGUCAGAUGAUCCCCGGGUCCAGAUCUCUGACCUGGUCUUGGUCCAGGUUCCUGACCCGGUGGUUCCGGUGACCCCUGUUCUACUAAUGUGAUGGAUCGAUGACCGCUCUUUAUUCUAUGUAAUUGCACUAAAAGUCCUCCUUUACAGUGUUUUAAGAUCAACUAUUGGUAAAUUGAAGUUUCCAAAUAUCAAGCACCCAAAAAAGUAAGGGAAAAAAAACUGUGCGUAAUGUUUUCCUGUAGAUAUGAGUAUUUUUUGUAUGGUUUUAUUAUGCAGCUUGUCGAUAAUGCCUUAAGGUCUGCUUUAUACAAGGUGUGGAUCAGAUGUUCUAUGCCCUGGCCUCAGCCCUGCUGAAGCCUCACUCCCCUGCUUUCGCUUUGCUCGUGUAUCAACUCCCCCAGUGCAGUGUUUCACAACGUCAAAACACGACCACAAUAACCUUCUUCCCCUUAAGCAUGAUCGGUUCAAUUCAUUUGUUUCCUUGUCUGACCGUCAAGUUAGUGGAAGAUGUUGCACUUUUAACAUGAUGUCAGGUGUGUGAUGGAGGCUGUUCCUGAACAGGAGUUUAAACGGAGUGUCCGUGGUGUGUGAGCUGUGUCGGUAUCUAUCUUGAAGUCUACCAGGUUUCCUUCUUACUGGUUUAUUGACGGUGAAAGUGAGGCAGAGAGUGUAAAGUGGUAUGCUUUUCAAUGGAAAAUUUUAUUUUUAUGGUAACCAUUUAAUGAUUCGUUCAUUUGUUUUGAAACACUUUUUUUUUUGUCCCUUUGUAAAUUAGUUUGGGCCUUAAUAUAAUUGUAUUUUGGUAUCACUGUUACCAAAUGAAAUCAGGAUAACGGUUUAAGAUAAUUUAAAUGGAGAUGUUUUCAUAUUGACAUUGUUCUUUUUGGCCCUUGGUGUUUGUGAUGUGGAAUAACAUAAAAAGACCUAGCAUCUGUUCUUUUUCUUUUUUUUUACAACACAAUCUGCAAAAUAUAUGCAAUGAUGUAAAUGUAACAUUCAAUCCUCAACUAUAAUCCAGGUUGUAUGAACUUUGUAUAGUCCGUUUUACUAUUCUAUGGCCGUACCGGUAUGUAUUGAUUCUUUAUCAGAAGCCUUAGAGUUGUGUACCCAAAGUGCUCCCUUAGACUACCCUUCACCUACCUGAAAUUUAACAAAGCAUUAAUGACUAUAUUUUGUUUCAUUUUUAUUUCUACUUUUUUGGAUAAAAUAGAUUUGUACUGUAUAUUUGUACCUCUUUGUGGACUACUUAGGUCUUCUUUGUUUUUUGUUGUUUUAAUUCUAUGUACUUAAGGACACAGAUAUUGUAUUUUUAUUGUUAUGGCUAACUUCUUUGAGACGUUGCAUUUAUCAUGUUUGUUAAGUAAACACAAUAUAAUAUAUACAUAUAUAAAUAUAAACUAUUAUCCUACCA